UAUGACAAAUCAAACAGAAAACAAUGUUUUUUGUGUACAUAAUAAAAUGUGAUAGGAAUAAAACUAAAAGUUAAACCCUUUUAGCAUUAUUUGUGUGUUUUACCCUACGAUAUGAAAUAUUUGUGAUAGAACAAUUGGGAUAAUGGCCGCCCGCCGCGUCCCCCUGAUCAUUGUUACUUUCUUGAUGUAUAUGAUUUAAAUUAUUGUUAAUAUCAUAAUGAGAUUUUAAUUAAUGCGUAACCAAAUGUGGGGAUGAAUUCAGAACAUCAAAAUAACCUCCCAAGUGGAGGGCAGCCGUCUUGUUCGUCGGCUGAGGAGACAAUACGUGUUUUACCACCAAAUUCAACUGCAAUAACUAGUGCUACAGAUUUACGAUUAAAUCCUUCAGCUGUCAAUGCAGUUACAUUGUCAAGUGUUGCAAAAUAUUUGGUUUUUACGAAUUUAUUUCCUGGUCCAGUCCCUCAGCUUUCUGUGUACGGAUUACCUACAAAUAGUAGGCUUGAUAAUGGAAAAACAGGACAGGAUAAUGUGGGCUUAUCUGCUAACGAUGCCGCAUUACUUCUGCAAACAAAUGUUUCUAGUGCCAUACCUGUAUCACAAUCUAUGCCUGCAAUACAUGUCUCAUCUAAUUCUACUAACUUAAAUAACCAGCAUCACAUGAAUACACAGCAACAUGCACAACAAGUGCAGCACAAUGAGAAUCUUCAAAUUCAAAAUAAUCAUCAACCUACAAGUUUGAAUUCGAUUUCUGUAUCCAAUGCGUCUAUUGUUAGUAGUGUUAAUUCACAACAAAAUAAUAUGAGAUCCAUUAUGAAUAAUAAUCAGUUGGGUACCUCUGUUAACCACAAUCAAGGGAUUGAGGAUCAACAACGUAAUGGUAUGGUAAUAUUAAAUUCUGCUCAAUCUGAACAAAGUCGAAUUAAGAAUUAUCAAACUCAGUUAACUAUACAACAACUGCAACAACUCCAGGUUCAGCAAGCAAUGCAAGAUGUGAUGAAUGAGAAUAAUCAAAAUAAUCAAUCAAUAUCUGAUAUCAAAGAUGAGAAAGUAACCAACUCCCCAGUUGCAAACUGUCCAAAAACAUCUAACUCGAAUAUUGAUAUUAAACCAGCAGCUUUUAAUAUGGAUAUGAAAAACAACCACAUGAUGGAUGUGCGCACUGUUGAUGGUUCUAUUCUUAAAAUAUCUGCGGGUGUUCAGGAACAAGAUCUUGCAAAAAAUUUGGGUGUUGAAGUCGUUCAAAAUAUGUACAAAGUAAAUGUUGAUGAAAUUAAUCAACUUCUUGCUUAUCAUGAAGUUUUUGGUAAAUUACAAAGUGAUCCUGGUCAAAUAACACCUAAACUUAUAGAGGCAGAAGAGCAACAAGGAACUAGUACUAAUAGUGCGGUGGCCAAUGAAACUACCAGUCCAUCAGCACCAGUUGUUGCUGGUUCUCAUACUUGUGAUGUAUGUGGAAAAAUAUUUCCUUUCCGUUAUCAACUGAUUGUUCAUAGGCGUUAUCAUACAGAGCGAAAGCCUUUUACAUGUCAAGUCUGUGGCCAAGCAUUUACUUCUAGUGCUGAUUUAACAAGGCAUGGCAAAUGCCAUUUGGGGGGAUCCAUGUUUACAUGUAAUGUUUGUUUUCAUGUAUUUGCUAAUGCUCAGAGUUUAGAGCGGCACAUGAAACGACACUCAACUGACAAGCCUUAUGUUUGUACAACAUGCCAAAAAUGUUUUGCCAGAAAAGAGCACUUAGAUAAUCACACCAGAAGUCAUACUGGGGAAACUCCUUUUCGUUGUCAAUAUUGUGCAAAGACAUUUACUCGAAAGGAACAUAUGGUAAAUCAUGUUCGAAUUCACACCGGAGAGACCCCACAUAGAUGCGACAUUUGCAAAAAAUCGUUUACAAGAAAAGAACAUUUCAUGAAUCAUGUCAUGUGGCAUACAGGUGAAACUCCCCAUCAUUGUGAAGUCUGUGGUAAAAAGUACACAAGAAAAGAACAUUUGGCAAACCACAUGCGAUCUCAUACCAAUGACACCCCAUUUCGAUGCGAGAUUUGUAAUAAAGCUUUUACUAGAAAAGAGCAUUUUACAAAUCAUAUAAUGUGGCACACAGGUGAAACACCUCAUCGAUGUGAUUUCUGUUCAAAGACAUUUACAAGAAAAGAGCAUUUGCUUAAUCAUGUGAGGCAACAUACUGGAGAAUCUCCACAUAGGUGUACUUACUGUUCAAAAUCAUUUACUCGCAAAGAGCAUUUGACAAACCAUGUACGAAUGCAUACAGGGGAAACGCCAUUCAGAUGCAGUCAUUGCUCGAAAACUUUUACGCGUAAAGAACAUUUGGUAAAUCAUGUACGACAGCACACUGGCGAAACACCAUUCAGAUGUGGCUACUGUGGUAAAUCAUUUACUAGGAAAGAGCACCUUGUAAACCAUGUACGACAGCAUACAGGAGAAACCCCUUUUCGAUGCACCUAUUGUCCAAAAGCUUUUACUAGGAAAGAUCAUUUAGUAAAUCAUGUUCGGCAACAUACUGGUGAAUCUCCACACAAGUGUACAUACUGUCCCAAGUCAUUCACCAGGAAGGAACAUUUAACAAAUCAUAUACGUCUACAUACAGGCGAAAGCCCACACAGUUGCCAGUUUUGUUCAAAAUCCUUUACAAGAAAGGAGCACCUAACAAACCAUGUACGAAUUCAUACAGGAGAAUCUCCUCAUCGUUGUGAGUUUUGUCAAAAGACUUUUACUCGAAAGGAACAUUUGACAAAUCAUCUUAAACAGCAUACUGGAGAGACUCCCCAUUGUUGUAAUGUUUGCAGCAAGCCGUUUACUAGGAAGGAACACCUCAUUGCACACAUGAGAAGGUCCCAUACUGGUGAUCGGCCUUUUGCUUGUGAAGAAUGUGGCAAAUCCUUUCCUCUCAAAGGAAAUUUGUUGUUCCAUCAACGCUCUCAUAACAAAGGACCAAAUGCUGAAAGGCCAUUCCGUUGUGAUCUUUGCCCAAAAGACUUUGUUUGCAAAGGUCAUUUAGUAUCACAUAGACGCGCUCAUACCACUGAAAGACCUCAUCAUUGUACCGUCUGUAGUAAAACUUUUGUCGAAAAGGGUAAUCUACUCAGACAUAUGAAAAAGCAUAAUGGGGCAGUUCUUCCAACUACAACCAUGCAACAAGUUGUCAUAAAUCAGCCACAAGUUACCUCAUCAGUAAAUUUAAAUAUUGUUCAACCAAAUGUUUCUACUCACCAAAGUCAAGCACCACAAAACUUGCAAUCUAAUAAUAGCGGGGCUGUGAUUCCUACUACUCCAAAUAUGACAGUUUCUAUGGGUGAAAACUCUUUAACAAAUAUCUCAGCUGUUAACCAAAACCAGCAUCUGCAAAUUCAUCACGUUCAAGGUACACAUCCUGUUGUAGUAAAUUAUUAAGUUAUUAAUGCAAGGUAAAUAUAUAUAU